AUGACCACCGCAAGUGAUUCGCCUUUUUUGGGUCCCCACCAUGAUAACGAGCUCCGCGAGCUAAGUCGUCGUCCCUUUUACUCUGUCUCGCCGUCCCUCGGCGAACUCCUACAAAUGGUCGGAGACGUCCGAGUAGACGUUUCCGACCAUGAGGACUCACUUCCGAAUAAUCCAACCUCGUACCCAUUUGUCCUCUCCUUUCACGACCUUUCUUACACCGUCAAAAACCGACGUCGGAAAAGUAAUGAACGAACGAAGAUUCUUUUGAAUGGUAUCUCGGGUGAAGCCCGGGACGGCGAGAUCAUGGCAGUUAUGGGGGCAAGUGGGUCGGGAAAGUCGACGUUAAUCGACGCGAUAGCUGGUCGGAUUUCAAAUGAAAGCUUGAAAGGUCGAGUGGAGUUGAACGGGGAGCCUCUCGAAUCGAAACUUCUUAAAGUAAUAUCGGCUUACGUUAUGCAAGACGAUCUCUUGUUUCCUAUGUUAACCGUGGAGGAAACCUUAAUGUUCUCGGCCGAAUUUCGACUCCCUCGAACCCUAUCAAAGUCGAAGAAGAAGGCGAGAGUCGACGCGUUGAUAGAACAACUUGGUCUCGUAAACGCGGCCAAGACUAUUAUCGGGGACGAGGGUCAUCGGGGAGUUUCUGGGGGAGAGAGGCGAAGGGUUUCGAUCGGGACGGAUAUAAUUCACGAUCCUAUCAUUCUUUUUCUCGACGAGCCAACCUCGGGGCUCGAUUCCACGAGCGCGUUUAUGGUGGUUAAAGUGUUGAAGAGGAUCGCGGAGAGCGGAAGUGUCGUGAUCAUGACAAUUCAUCAGCCGAGUUAUCGGAUUAUGGGACUUCUUGAUCGUUUGAUCUUUCUUUCGAGGGGAGAAAUGGUUUUUAGUGGAUCGCCCUCGAGCAUUCCUUUGUUUUUCGAGGAAUUUGGACAUCCCAUUCCGGAGAAUGAGGAUAAAAUUGAAUUUGCACUUGAUUUGAUUCGUGAACGUGAUGAAGGGUCCGAAGGAGGAACAAGAUCAUUAGUAGAAUUUAACAAGGUAUGGCAAGUUAGAAACUCGAGCAAUUCCGAUAGCAACAUUAGGUCAAAGUUGUCGUUGAAGGAAGCGAUAAGUUCCAGCGUUUCUCGUGGAAAACUAGUUUAUGGGACGAAAGAUGUAGAAAAAAGCUGCUCGGUUCAAAAGUUUGCGAAUCCAUUAUGGAUAGAAAUUGUAGUCAUAGCCAAGCGUUCUAUGCUCAAUUCAUGGCGAAUGCCCGAGCUUUUCGUUGUCCGGUUGGGCGCAGUUGUGGUCACUGCUUUCAUUUUCGCAACUGUCUUCUGGAAACUAAACGAUUCCCCUAAAGGAGUCCAAGAAAGAAUCGCGUUUUUCGCGAUGGGCAUGUCCACAAUGUUCUACAUUUGCGCAGAAGCAAUCCCGGUUUUCAUCGCAGAUAGAUACAUUUUCAUGAGAGAAACCGCAUACAAUGCAUACCGAAGAUCCUCCUACGUCCUUUCCCAUUCCCUCAUGUCCAUUCCAUCUAUGAUAGUCAUGUCUCUAGCUUUCUCAAUGAUCACCUUUUGGUCCGUUGGCCUAAAUGGUGGACUAGACGGUUUCAAAUUCUUCUUUAUCCUCGUUUUAGCCACGUUUUGGGUCGGGAGCUCGUUCAUCACGUUCUUAUCAGGGCUAGUGAACCAUGUCAUGUUAGGUUUCACCGUCGUUAAUGCCGUGUUGGCCUAUUUCCUCCUCUUUAGCGGAUUUUUCAUAACUAGGGACAGGAUUCCCGAGUAUUGGAUAUGGUUACACUACAUAUCUCUAGUGAAGUACCCUUAUUUUGCGGUUGUUCAGAACGAAUUCGGAGGACCCGAUAAAUGUUUCGUAAGAGGAACUCAAAUGUUCGACAACUCCCCGUUGGGGAGCGUGCCCGAGGCGAUGAAGGUUAAGUUGUUGAAGUCAAUGAGCGAGUCAUUGGGCUUUAAUCUAACCCCAUCAACAUGUGUGGUUAAUGGGGAUGAUGUGUUAAAGAAUCAAGGAAUUAAUGAUUUAAGCAAGUGGAAUUGUUUAUGGAUCAUAAUUGUAGCUGGAUUUUUCUUUAGGAUUUUGUUUUAUUUUACUUUACUAUAUGGUAGCAAGAACAAGAGAAGGUGAUCAAUCACAACAAUAAUAAUAAUUGUGUAAUUUGAUUUGGUAUUAAAAGCUUGGGUAGUUGGGAAAUUUGCUUAUUUUAAUGUAUAUUUUUAUUAUUGUAAAGUGUACCUAA